AUGUCUGCCCCCGCAUCAACCCACGAAUCUUUGGCCGUCGUCUCUACAUCUCAAGCACCCGCAGCAAUUGGGCCGUACUCUCAAGCAAUCAAAGUCGGCGACCUGGUGUUUUGCUCUGGAUGCAUUCCACUGGUUCCCGAAACAAUGCAGAUUGCCGAAGGAGGUGUUGAGGCUCAAACCGAACAGGCCCUUAAGAAUCUCAAGGCCGUGGUAGAGGCUGCAGGGUCCGAGUUGGGCAAAGUAGCCAAAACUACUGUGUUCUUGAAAUCUAUGGACGACUUCGUUGCUGUGAACGGCAUCUAUGCAAAAUUCUUUGGAAAUCACGCUCCUGCCAGGUCUGCAGUCGAGGUUGCGCGCCUGCCUAAAGACGUACUUGUUGAAGUCGAGUGUAUUGCCAGCUUGAAAUAG